GAAAGGCAACGACGGGGAGCAGACAGACGCACACAGAGCGAGAGAAAAGCGAUGACGACGUUGCGCAGAUUUUGCUGCAAUGAUCUUCUUCGAUUCACUUCCGUCAAUCUUGAUCACCUCACUGAAACCUUCAACAUGUCCUUCUACAUGACCUACUUGGCUAGAUGGCCUGACUACUUCCAUGUCGCCGAGGCCCCUGGGAGCCGCAUAAUGGGAUACAUCAUGGGAAAAGUUGAGGGACAAGGCGAAUCAUGGCAUGGUCAUGUAACUGCUGUAACUGUUGCUCCGGAAUAUCGUAGGCAACAAUUAGCUAAGAAGCUUAUGAACCUGCUUGAGGAUACUAGUGACAAGAUUGAUAAAGCUUAUUUUGUUGAUCUUUUUGUGAGGGCAUCGAACACCCCUGCAAUCAAGAUGUAUGAAAAGCUCGACUACGUUAUCUAUCGGCGUGUGCUACGUUAUUAUUCAGGGGAGGAAGAUGGAUUAGAUAUGAGGAAAGCAUUAUCGCGGGACGUCACUAAGAAGUCCACCAUCCCACUUAAAAGGCCAGUGACUCCCGACGAGCUCGAAUACGAUUAACUACAUAUAAAUGGAGUUUUGACGAAGAAGAAACAUCAGGUGCUCAUGAGUUGGGGAUAAUCAUCUUGAAAACAGGUUGUGUCAUGUAUGUGUAUCCUAAAUAUGUUUCUGAACUCACAUUGUCUAAAACCUUUUACUUGCAAUAUAGAUAAACUUGAAAAUGUUAAAUUUCAUUUACUUCCUUUUUA